CUUUAGUUGAAUAAAUAUUCCAUCAACGAUUUCAUCACGAAGGACAUGAAAGAGGAGACUGAGGAGAAGGAGGAGAAGGAGACAAAGGUGAAAGGUAAAGAGAAGAAGACCGACGAAGAGAAGAAGAAGAAAACGAAAAAGAUUAAAAAUGAAAAAGUUCAAGAAAACGUUGUCAGUAGCACUAGUAGCAGUGGGCAGAUAGAUUCAGAUGACGAGGAGGAAGCAUCGUCAGAGAGUAAACCAGAGUUCCACUUCUUAAAAUCAGUCCCUUCAAGGAACUACUGCGUGAUAAAGGCUGGAGAAAAGUGGUAUAGUACGGUCAGCAGCCCGGCUAGUGACACUACGCCGGUCAAUAUGUCCUACUGGCUACCUAAGAUAGAGAAGUACACAGAAAAAGUCUGGGAACAGGAAGUAGCCUGCUAUGAGGCGGGACGGAAGAAGGGAGGGGACAAGGGUGAGGAGGCGUGGCUGAAAACAGUUCUUAAAUCUGGUACUUUGACCGACAAGCUGUCAGCCUACGUAGUUCUGGUCCAGGCCUCUCCUAUACACUGCUUCUCAGUUCUGGAGACGAUGCUAAGCCUGGUGUCCCUGAAGAGUAGACGACCCUGUCUUCUCUCCCUGGAAACUAUAUCUCAUCUUCUCAUCUCAGAUCUUCUUAUUCCAGACAGAAAACUGAGAAAGUUUGAACGUAAUCCGUUUCAUCAGCUUCAGGAGUUGACCGGUGGCAACAAGGAUACUCGUGACCGGUAUCUUAUGUCCUGGAUGUUUGAAGAUAAACUGCGGGAUUUCUAUAUCAGAUUUAUUCAAGCUAUGGAUCUGGUUGGAAAGGAUUCAAUUGAGAACACAAGAGUAAAGGUGAUCAGCUGUACACAACGUCUCUUAUGUGGUAACCCAGAGCAAGAGCAGUUGUUGCUGGAGAAGCUGGUUAACCGGCUAGGAGAUCCAACACGCGCAGUUGCGGCAAAGGCGAUGCAUCAUCUUGGUGUACUCAUUGAAGAGCAUCCAGGAAUGAAGGUGAUCAGCUGUACACAACGUCUCUUAUGUGGUAACCCAGAGCAAGAGCAGUUGUUGCUGGAGAAGCUGGUUAACCGGCUCGGAGAUCCAACACGCGCAGUUGCCGCAAAGGCGAUGCAUCAUCUUGGUGUACUCAUUGAAGAGCAUCCAGGAAUGAAGGAUAUUCUGGUGAAGGAGGUUGAACGUUUACUCUACCGACCUAACAUCAGUCCCAAGGCGCAAUAUUAUGGAAUCUGUUUUCUAUCUCAGAUGAUGCUGGAUAAAACCAGUAAUAUUGCCAGCAAACUUGUCAAAAUUUACUUCUCAUUCUUCACUAUAUCCAUCAAGAAAGGAGAGAUAGAUAACAAGUUGAUGUCCGCUCUACUGACUGGUGUAAACAGAGCAUUCCCUUACUCCAAGCUUGACCCAGCUCAGCUAGAUCAACAGAUUAAUACAAUGCACAAGUUGGUUCACAUGGUGAGCUUCAACAUCAGUGUACAGACCCUCACCCUGCUCUACCAGAUCAUGGACUCGAGGGACUCUGUUAAUGACAGGUUCUACACUGCCUUGUAUUGGAAAAUAUUGGACCCUGGGUUCUCUACAUCUUCAAAGCAGGUUAUGUUCUUGAACUUGUUGUACAACUCUGUACGCAAGGACUGUAGUGUAGUACGAGUACGUGCGUACAUAAAGCGUCUUCUUCAAUGUUGUGAGUAUCUCCCUUCAAAUAGUGCAGCAGGGAUUCUCUUCAUCAUUUCAGAAAUACUCAGAACCCGAGGAGAUCUUAGUUUAAGAAGUGUUCUGGAAUCUCAAGAUGGAAAUACAGAUUUUUCAAGAUUUGAUGAUUCUGAUGAUGACGAGCACUACGAGGAUGUUAAAGAGGAGGAUGAGGAGGAUACUAAGGAUGCUGAGGAGGAUGAGGAUAUGGAGGAAAAUCAGAGUGAUGAUGAAAAUGAGAAUGAUGAGGCUGAUGUGAAAAUGGAGGAUGAUAAGGAGGAGAUCAAGCCUGGUUGGAUGUUUAAGAAGGCCACUAAGGGACACACUGCUAAAUACUCGUAUGAUGCACAAUGCAGAAAUCCUCUCUAUGCAGGAGCUGACAAGGAUGGGUUCUGGGAACUGGAAGCCCUCUGCCGCCAUUUUCAUCCAACAGUCGCCAUGUUUGCACAAAACCUUAGUGAGAAUGUUCCAAUCAAGUAUCCCGGAGACCCCAUCAAUGAUUUCACAAUACCCAAGUUUCUUGACAGAUUUGUAUUCCGUAACCCCAAGAAGGAUCCUGCAAAGAAUAAACCAGUCUCAGCUCUUGGCAAGAGAAACAUUUACAAACCUGGUGGUAUCAAGGCCGUGGCCCCGGAUAGUAGAGAGUUCAUAAAUAGAACUCUAGAAUCUAUACCUGGAGACGAACUAUUUUUAUAUAAAUACUUUUUGUUAAUUUUAGAUUUGGAUUUUGCCAAGGGGUUGGAGGAGGGAGGAGAGGAGGGUAGUGAUCUAGAUCUACCAGAAGACGAGAGCGAAGGUGAAGAGGAAGAUGAAGAGGAUAGUGAUGCAGAACCUGAAGGACUUGAAGGAGAAACAGAUGAUGGAUUCCAGGACCUGUCUGAUGAGGAUGAUGAUGAUGAACUAGGAGGAGGUGAUAUGAAGUACAUGGAUGAUGACGAUGAUGAUAUGGAUGAAGAAGAUAUUAAGUUUAGUGAUGAGGAGGAGGAGGAGGAGGGACCGAGUAAAAAGCCCGCCAAAAAGUCUGGAGCCAAGAAGAAAUCCUCUAAACGUUUUGAUCGGUUUGAUCCGAAUGAUCUGAGCAGUCUACUGGCUGAUGCCGAGGAGUUCUCUCAUCUACUAGAACAGAACGAUGAUGAAGGAACGAGUAAGAGUGUAUCGAGCAAGGAUAAGGCGAGUGUUAAGCAGUUGAACUGGGAGAAGAACAGGGAAAACUUCAUGAACAACAAGACCUGGGGAAAAUCCGGGAAAGGGGGAAAACCCGGGAAAUCCGGUAAAUGGGCCCCGAAAUCCGGAUCGAAAGGAAAACCUCUGAAGAAGAAAAUGAAGAGAUAGAAUUUUUUUUUGUCUUUAAAAUUUAAUUAAUUUUAAUAAAUAUUUUUUGUUAUA